UCGAUGGACGGUGACGACGUCAUAAUGUCCUCUGUUGAGGAAUCACCGUGUAAGUUAUACGAUUUGAAGACCAGUCCUAAUGUUUAUAUUUUCUCUGUGGGACUUUUGUACAAAAACAAAAGUCUGUUUCAGCAGAUCCUGCUCUCUUCACCUGCACAUCUGUUCUCGUGUGGCCUUCUUUCCGCGGAUCAGUUGAGUACUUCAUGGGAACAGUGGCUUUGCUAUUUGGCCUCGUCCUUGACUCCUCAUCAAUGGCAGGUUUGUGGAUCCAACUUUUGUGGAGCAAAGAGUGGCACAAAGAGCAGCAGUGUCUACAGUCAUGGGAAUGAUACCAGAAAAUGGGAUCCACUUCCAAAAGUAUUGCAACUUGACCUUUCUAUUACCCGUAGCCUAGUCCAUGCCAUGGAUUUCAGACCUGUCUAUAUUGAUCUCACUGCCUUUCAUCUAGUCCGUCGUGCCGUCUAG